UUCCAACCAAUCCAGCGGUGCAAAAGGCAAAGGUGCAGCAGCAGAAGUCGUCGCAGCUUAAAGUGUGUAUCGCCUUGCGAUUUUUCGAAGACGGUUCAAUUUUUCUCUGGACCUCGGCUACGGCGGAAAAUUUUUCCAGUUUUUUGACCAUUUGUGCAGUUUUUAGGUUUGAUUUGCGAACAGUAGAGGAAAACGACGGUGAAUGCUGUAGAAGUUGAGUACUGAAGUGUACAAACCAGCGGAAAAUAGGUUAACAAUCGCCAUAGAAAUGCACGACUAGGGUAAUCGAUAUUCCGUAAUUGAGACCGUGAGAAAAAAACAGUCCUGUGCGAAAAACGCCGAACAUUGUUGUUCUAUUGCAAAUGAAACCUGCUGAACAGUAGUGAAUCAAGUGUGCCGCAUUUCCGGAGACGAUUUCCAGACAAAUGGACGCAACCAGGAGUAGAAUGUUUCCAGCCAGACGUUGGAUGUAACAAGAAGUCCGAGCGAGAGUGUCGGCAGCCAUGGGUAGACCAGCAAUAGCAGUCGUCGUCUGUUAAAGGAAAAAUUGCCAGUUCUAAAUAUAUCAGCGCAGUCCCGCCGCAGUCGACCGUCGUCGGUUUGCCUUUCAUGGAUAACGAUACGUGCGUUCCGAGCGUCGUUCGCCGCCGCCGUCGUCAUCAUCGUCAUCGCAGUUAAUUAAACGUAAUCCGUGACGUUCCGGGUUUUCCUCGCUAUGGGUAUGCUUGCUAGCAUAGACAGACGGAGUUAGAAUCGAUGUAUGUAGUACUGGUGGCGAUCCUACAUAUGUAGCAUUUAUUAUUAGCAGUCAGUUGGGGAUCGAGGAUGAUCAUUGUGGAGAUGAAUCUUCAUCCCGCGUCGCUACAUACAACUACUUGAACUGAUAUCUCUCGUCAAGCGCGACGUCUCGCGGAGAUUUGGUGUUAAGAGAGUCACGCGAGAGUGACUGGGAGCAAAUCGCGGCGCAAUGCCUUCUAUGAUCAUAGAGAAGAGUGCACACAGGCUGCUGUGAUCAUAGAGUUUAGUCGCGAGAGUGUAAUUCUACGUGCAAGACGUGUGUCCACGAGAAUCGUAUCGCUAAUCGGCCGCCGUCUCCUAGUGGGCGUUUCGGGGUGCAGUGUGGAAUUUGCAGCAAGGAAAUAAAGAGGAAUUCUUCUUCACUAAGGCAAAGAUAGUGACGGCCGGUGUAAUUUCCGGCAUGCGAAAGUGUUAAUGAGAUAGAAUAUUUGUGAAGACGAAGAAAAUUUUUAUUCAAUGGCGAAUGAUUUUCCCCGAGCCGAGGAGCCAAAGCAGAAGAAAAGUGUGGUUCUAUAAAUAAAAAUCUCUAGAAAGUGGCGGUGCCUUGUGUGAACCAUGCUGCAGCAGCACAGCCUGGUAGCGCGAUUCGAAACACACGAGCUGCCGCAAAAUAAGAACGUGUCAGGAAGAAGAUUGAAUGAAAAGUGAAGAGUGAAUCGUGUUUGCGCUCAGUGGGAAAAUCGACGCAAGAAGAAAAAAUCGUGUUUUUCUUCCGAUCUGUUUCCUUCAACAAGAGAGAAAAACCCGAACGCAUCCUAAAUGAAUGAAGCUUUUAAUUUCUAUUAUCAGAAUUUGUUCUCGAUAAGUGAGUCCGAAUUACCCCACGUCGCUUUUAAACACUGUACACUGUGAUGUGUUAGCCCCUCUCACCAACCAACCAACCAAUCAACAGUCUGAAACAGUGAAGGGCUUUAAAAGGAUUUGCCCUCGUUAUUUUCCAAACAGUGAUAUCCCCGACUCUUAGAAAACAGCUGAAUAAUAACAUCUCCAAAUCAAUGUUAUAAAAUUUGACAAAAACAUAAAAAGACAAGUCAUUUCCCGAAAACUAUCGGUAAUAAAACUGUCCCCAGCGGGAAGAAAGAAUUUUCAGAGUAAUUAACAACAAUCAACCAAACCCACUUGAGCGACAGAAUAAGACAGUGUGUUAUUGUGAAAAAAACUAACCCAUUUUGGCUCUCACUCAUCCGCCUUGACCGCGAUCUCGCACUUUAACAGAACAACAACAAAAACAAAAACCGCACAUCAUUCGUGCUCGAACCUCUCGUCCGUCAGCUGCUGCCAAAGGACAAAGACGAGGGACGCGUAAAAAGCGUGCUGCUUCCAUUGUUUUUGUGUGUUUCUACUAAUGUGAAUUGAUUUUGAUUGAAAGCACAAAAAGUUGAAAAUUAACAAGGCAAAAGUUUGGUCGAAAAUGAGUUAAUCCAAUGCAAAUGCAGAGGUGCGAAACAGUAAGAGAAGAAAACGAGAGUACUUACUCGGCAUCCAUAUAUAUUUGUGUGCGUGUGUCCGAUGCUGCCGGCGUGGCGCCACAGGCGCACCAAUAGCCGCUGUGUGAAAGCAAUAGCCAUAGCAGCACAGGCCUGUUAACAACCUCUACAGUCGAAAAUAUAUACACAUACAUACAUCUAUCAGCCAACAACGGUGCCGCCGUGUGUCCUACGGGGUUCGUGGAUGUGGAUAAUGAUGUCGAAGCAGUCCUCCGCUUCGUCGCCUUCGUCGAAUGUGCGCGGUUUCGUCGUCGAAGGUCAGCCAUCGAACCAUCACCACCAUAACCACAACCAUCAGCAGCAGCAGGAGGACCUCGAUGCGAUCGCGAAACAGAUUUCCGAUCACGCCGAAGCUAUCUACCAGACAUGGAAAGCUCGUGGCCUAGCGCCAACUGAAAUCCUCAACUGCCAACUGCCGACGACGGACGGUGAGAAUGCUUUCAGCAAAGCCUUGAGUCCUACCGGUACUACCUCUUCCGCAUCGCCACCAUCGUCCUCUUUACCACUAACUUCCGGCAGCAGUUCCGGUGCAUGUGUGAGCCCAAAAUCAUCCGCUUCCGGGGUUGCCGAACUUCUAGCGCAAGCUCCCGAGCUCUCCAACAACAGUCUCGAGCAGCUGGUGAGUUCGUUCGUGAACGAAGAUAAAGCCCGGAUCGCGGCCCAAAAGCAGCGAUCUACCGGACGAACGCCAACCGCUGGCUCGGCUAUCAAGAGUGUGCUGCAAAAAUUCGAACAGAACGGUGCACAAAAUCUCAGCACCUCCCCGGUCAACAAACCCAACUACAUUCGACCUGGGGCCAGUGUGAAUAAAGUGAACAAUAACCUUAGUAGCUACAACAGUAAUAACAAUAAUAACAACAGCAGCAACAUCAACAACAACAAUAAUAAUAAUAACCACAGUACGUUAAACAAGAAUAACGUGCCCGAUGUGCUAAAAGAUACGAUCGUCGAGAGACCUCGCGAAAAACCUCAAACUCCGGUCAAACCGGAGCAUCUGUUGAACCAUGUUCCUAGCUGGCCGCUGAAGAACCGUGUAGUGAAAGGUGCAGCAGGUCAGCAAGCCAAUUCCGACAAAGUCAACCAUCACCAUAGUGCGUCAAGUCCAAAUAGUGGUCCCAUCAACAGCAGCAGCAGAAGCGGCAGCAGUAGUAGUAGUACUAGUAGUAAUAGCAACAACAUCACCAAUAGUAACAGUGGCCUUAGUAGCAACAUUGGCAACCCCGGUUUUCGUGGAAAGAACGCCUCCAUUCUGCUAGAAGAGGUAAUACGCGAAGAAGAACGACUAAUCAACGCUCUUAAGACGGGAACCGUACUGAACAGUAGCGAUAGUCUACUGCCGGAGGUGAUUACUUCCACCCUCACAGAUCGUGACGUUCCCGACUACGGUUACAGUAGUACAGCUCCGGUGAACAUGGUUACCACCACUAAUCUGAUUGCUAACACCAACGGUAUGAACGGCACUAACGGUACCAAUGGUACCAAUGGCACCGGCGCCGGCGCUGGUCCCGAUGGGCAGAACAACCCGGCCGGUGUCAAGCACUGGAACGGCGUACCGAUGAAACCGAAUCACAUACCGAUCCUGAGCUUGCACCAAAUCCACGAGCAGCAGAAGCUGUCGACGAAUUUCACCCGCAAUGUCGCAACCACGAGACUGCCGAAAGACUUUGGCCGGCCGACGGCGCCGGACGACAAAAAGGACUUCCAGGCGAAGACCAUUCCGAGCCCGAUCCGGCCGUUCCUGUCGCGCGGUUCGGUAGCCGAGCGGGUGUUGAUUUUCGAGAAGUGCCCAGAGAAAGCUCCACCACGGGAGCGCCCGAAGGAACCAGUUAAGGUACAGUCCAAAGCUGUCAACAGACUCAUCCCGCCAAACAUUCAUACGACGCUUCAGCGGCACCUGAAGAACUCGACGAAAGCUCCCUACAUACCACAAUUCCAUUUUCCCAAUGGCAAACCACCGCCAUCGAUUACGACCGAGACAACAAUGCAACGACUGGAGCAGGUCUUCGAUAAUCUUCCCAACUACGAAUGCAGUCGGGAUAAGUUCCACAUGAUUGUCACCAUGUGCCAAGUGCCACUGUACUGGCGAGUUCCACUCUUCAUGUGCACCCCACUGACGCCUAAUGGCUGUGUGAACGGCGAUAAGUUCAUCGGUUUCUGGCGGCAGAUGACCUCCUUCUGUCAUGAUCCACCGUCCCGCUUUGUGUAUAUCAUGUCCAGGGGCGAUCGGACCCGGCCUUACAUUCUACCAGAGGAUUUCGCCCCACUAAUACAGGACGUGGUCGACACGCAUCCUGGGUUGGCAUUCCUGAAGGAGGCAGCCGAGUUCCACUCACGCUACGUGCACACCGUGAUAGCCCGAAUAUAUUACAACGUGAACCGCAGCUGGACGGGGAAGAUAACGACUCCGGAGCUGCGCAAGUCCAACCUGCUCGAGGUGAUGCAGCUGCUCGAGGAGGAGGAGGACAUCAACCAGAUUAUGGCGUACUUCAGUUACGAGCACUUUUACGUCAUAUACUGUAAAUUCUGGGAACUGGAUCGAGAUCAUGAUCUGUUCAUCGACCAGCAGGAUUUGGCUAGGCAUAAUGAUCAUGCGCUGUCGUCGCGCAUGAUCGAACGCAUCUUUUCUGGCUGUGUGACGCGUGGGCCCCGACGAAACAAUCCUAACCCGAUCGUGAUGGGGCCAAAUGGACCAAAGAUGUCGUAUACGGACUUCGUCUGGUUUCUACUAGCCGAGGAGGACAAAACGCACCCGACGGCGAUCGAGUACUGGUUCCGCUGUAUGGACGUUGACGGUGACGGGAUGCUUUCGAUGUACGAGCUGGAGUACUUCUACGAGGAGCAGCAGCAUCGGAUGGAAUCGCUCGGCAUUGAAACGCUACCCUUUGAAGACUGCUUGUGCCAGAUGCUGGAUAUGAUUAAGCCUACCACACCCGGCUGCAUCACGCUUGCUGAUCUGAAACGAUGCAAGAUGACGCCCAUCUUCUUCGAUACGUUCUUCAACCUGGAGAAAUACAUGGAACACGAGCAGCGGGAUCCAUUCGCGCAACGUGAUAAUGACGAUCUCUCGGACUGGGACCGUUAUGCCGCCCAGGAAUACGAACUACUGGUGGCCGAAGAGGGAGGCGACACGCAAGGAUUCGGUAGUCUCGAAGCAGCCGACGACGAUGAAUAUGCUCCCGUUUCGUCACGACGACCUUUAUCGGGUGCUUCGUCAGCUGCUGCUGGUCCAGCGACCGAGACCAAUACUUCCAUUAACCGGACCAUCAGUACCGUGUCCAUUUCCUCUGCCAUUAGCACUCAUCAGCACUCGAGCGGAAAGACGGACAGUAAGACUGCCUCCUCCGCCAAGCGCUCGUCAUCCUUGAGCUCAACUACUGCUGCUACUACUGCCGCCACUGCUGCUGCUGCCGCUGCCGCCACCGUCGCUAGUACUUCCGCUGCACCGAAGCAGGGCGGCAGAAAGGCGAUCGAUAAUGACAUUAGCACAUUUUUUAACGCAUUCUGUGUAUCAUAUGAUGAGGAUGAUGAUUACGAGUCGAACAUUGACAUUUUAGAAACGCAGUUAGAUGAUUGUUUGCUGAACGAAUGGUGAGAUACGGGGCCCGGCGGACCUCGGGGCCGCCAACGCAAGAAAAAAGCGCACGUCGCUCUCCCGGACGAGGAGCUGGAACGCAUCGAGCAGGAGAUUCUGGACGAGUUGAAUCAGUUCUAGAGGGAUUCCUGAUCAGACGAAGAGUGGCCAACAAGAAUUUGGGCGUUAGCGCGAUAUUGAAUCGGAUCGGCAUGUCGUCAUGCAGUCAUAUAUAAGUAAUCAUCGUCGUCUUCAUGUUCAUAUAUCAUAUAGCAUCAUGUUCUCAUUAGCAGUGCUGCAAAAACCAAAAACAAAAAAAAAACGCUAGCAGUAAAUUUCGCAAUGCAACAAAGAAUAUUUCAUACGUGGUAGAAGUUUACACACAGCCACAGCGUUAGUAUAUGCAUGCAGCAGUUUUAACCAGAAUCUCGAAGUAUUUUUUACCUGUCUAUUGGAAGCAUGAAGCAAGCAAAAGAAGAAGAAAAAAAACAACAAGAUAGAAUUCACGGUGUCAUACAUGGAAUUGAGCGAAUAUUUAAUCGUAUUAGGUGGAUAAGAAUUGAGCGAAACAUGGCAAACCAUUGACGGAAAACUGUGCAUGUUUUCAUGGUUUAGGAUAACAUAUUUUACUGCUUUAUUAUUACCAUUAUUGGACACACAGAUUUAGAUUUUUGGUUAGAGUUACCGUCAAUUAUGAUGCAAAAAAAAAAAACAAAACAAAACAGAAAAACAAAAACACAUGUUUAAUCAAUGAAAAAUAUCAGAAGUGUAGAAAAUCAAAAUAUAUACACAGUUUCUUUGCUAACAUCAUCUGUGUCAUUGCGUCAAGCCACCUACUCAAACCGAUUCAUCACUAAUCGAGAGAAAACAGUAAUAAUAAUAAUAGUAAUUGCUUAACAUAAAUCGCAAUCAUUUGUGCAGACUAGGGUUCAAGUGCGGAAGUACAAUUUGCAAAGCACACCGUCAUAUACACACGCAUUCACAUGUAUACUUAUAAUUAAAAUCAACAACAACCAAUAGUAAACAAAAGUUAUCUUCAAAACCAUAGCAAGCGAGUUUUGCUUGGUUGAGGACAUAGAAUCGAGUGAGCGAUUGAAGUGAUGGAGGCGCACGAUGAUUUACGACAGGUAAAUUGCCGGAUUCUCCAUUGGAUUUCCUUUAUGAUGUCAGUUUCAAUUUGAAAAUUAGAUUAUUUUUCUAUUUAAAGUAAAAUAUCAAAACAAUUAUAUUAACAAGUAAUCCUAGAGUAUUGAUGAACAUAUGUUUGAUCAAACAAUAAGUGAACAAGAAGACUUUUGUAAGGUUGGAAUCCAUUUUCUUCCAAGCGACUGUAACUUUUUGUUAGAACAAAGUUUCUAGAGUUGAAUAACCAUUUUUGUGAAUUUUUGAAAAAUUCUGUAUGUCUAAAUGGAUAGCUUCAAGCAAGUUGUCCCACGAGAACCUUAUUUUUUUUAUUGAAUGUUAACAUGUCAACUAGAAGUUGAACAUGUUACGAGUAAUGCAACAAAUCUCAACCUUUAAUACUGUCUAUCCCUUAAUCAAUUCAACUAGUUUGAUGUUUUUAUAAAAAUGGAGUCGAAUUGUAUGAUAUUUGGGUGAAAUCUAUGAGAAAUAAUGUGUAGAUUUCCUGCUAGUGAUGUUACUGUAAGCGAGUUGAAAGAUCUCUAGAAAUCCCUAUUGAUCCAAACAAGAAUGAACACUCAGGAUUCCAACUCGCAUCGAAUCUCACAGACAACUGAUUGAAUCUCAUCUUAGUGUCACCAUUUUUUUUUUUUGAAUGUCAUACAUUUACUUUCCAUCUAUACUUGCCUUGUUAGUAGAAAAACAUCAGUUUUUCGAAGAUUCUCUAAAACUUCACUUCGUUCAAGAAAAGUAAAUAUAAAGCAAAAAGGUGUGUUGAACAUGGUUUUUGAAAAACACCUGAACUGAAGAUCGAAAGAUCGUCGUCAGUGAAACCCUUCUUCACUUUCGACCCAUAAAUGAUGGUUAUUUCGCAGGGAAGUGAUAUUUCAGAUUGACUUUCUCAGGAGAAAUGAGUUCUCCAUCCCUGUUACCAUUUCGAGUAUACCAAAGGAAUUGCGUAGGAAUCGUGUUCGGUGCUUUGAUCAUACCAUAAUUGCUACGAACACAUAACCUAGUAAAAAAGCACUAACAAAAACUGCCGCCAUUGUUGCGUCGCCAUCUGCCGCCAUCACUCAAAUCAAUCGCUCAGCGGAAACGUAUCAGCCAAUAACACAAACCCUCAUUAUCUAACCGAGUUAAAGUGUUGACAACCACGAGCUCGCAUCAAACACACACACGUAAACACAAACCUGCCAUCAUCAAUCAAUUAAUCUGUCAACUGACCGGCCAUGAUGAUGAUGAUUAUGAUUCUGCAUUAUUAAACCAAACGUUACCGUUGUUGUUUGUUGUUGUAUUUUUCCUAUCCUGGCCAUGGUUUCAACAAUUUCCGAUACACUAUAAUGGCAGCGAGGGCAGCGACAGCGAUAGCGAUGGAGAGGUCCGAGCCCUGCGGAUAAGCUGGCGGGAGCGGUAUCUGCGCAAACGGCGCAACAAGAAGAAGCGGAAGUAAACUGACCUAGUACGAUGAUCUGCCAGCAGUUGCGAUGAUUUCUUUUUUUUUUUUUGGUACAUGUUAAGCAAAGAUUUUUAGCCGAAUUUCCACAGGAAAAAGGGGUGCAUCGGUUUUUUCCUGGAUUGCUGCCGAUUGACCGAAGAUUUCAAAUGGUGUUUAGUUUUAAGUUUUCUAUGGUAACGACAGUUAUGUUUUCGUUGUUCAAUGAUGUAAACAAGAGCAGUAAGCCAUGACUUGACGCAAACCAUUAUCAAACUGUGAGAAUUCUAUCGUAGUAAUAAUCCUAAUAUCAAUGGAAUUUACCCUAGAAUAUGACUAAGUAUAUAGAGAGGAGAAAAGAUUAGUUUUAUAAUCAAACAUUUUCCGAUUGUGGCAAUAGAAGAAUAGGUCGAAUUGAUCGCGAAGGAAGAACGGUAUUCAGUGUAAACCAAAUCAAAUCGAUAUUAAGUGUAUUUUAUGCAGAACACAAACCAACCAUCAGAAAAAAAACAUACACUUCUGUUCGAUUGGAACAGCGUGAAGCGUAAUCAACUAGGACGUAAGAACAAUUUUUCUAAAAAAGCAACCAUUUUUUUCUACAAAAGCGAAGCACAGACUAGUAUUUCUCUGGAAGCAUAACUCACACCAACCUAUACAAAAAUACCUUUAGUGGAAAUAGAAGCAAAUGUGUCUACUUGGAAAGCAUAAUACGAACUGCAGUAAAAGCACAUUAAUGUCAAUAUUUAAGAGACAACUACAGUGUGAAACCAUAUAAAAAAGGCUUCAACACUCGAUAGAUAACAAUACUUUCAAAAGAAAACAAAAAAAAAAUAAUACACCAUUUUAUCACCUGUGUAACCUUGAACGUUAUUUACAGAAACCCAUUUAUAUUAUUGAACACAAAACAAGCGCAUAUCUAGUUAUUUAAUUCGUAACCCUAAUCUAGUCCAAUUUGUGCUAACUACCAACCAAGAUGAUAAUGUCAAUCUACGCGAGUGCAGCGGGAGAGCCAAGUUCGAAACUCUUCUCUCCUUUCCCCUAUUUUCGAACUAUGAAUCAAUCAAUUAAUGCGGUUUUUUGUUUUGUUUUAAACUGAUCUGAUUUCCUAAACUUCAACUUGGUUUUAGUGAAACUAAAAUGUUCGAAAAAAUCUAGACGUUUUGUGAGCCAAAAUAUUUUCCAACUUUUUUAAAUCAAAAAUGAUAGGAUCUACCAAAUGCUACUGCUGUUGUAGAUCCUAUAGUUUUUGAGCAUAAAAAAUACUUGCUAAACUUUUCUUACAACCUACUACUGAAAAAAAAAAAAAAACAAUAAAUUGUAUGAAUGCGGCGGAUCAAAGCUUGUUAAGUUUUACACUAGUUUAUGCUAAGUUUUUUCUUUAAGCAAAAAACUGUUCAACUAAGUACAUUCAAAUUAUUUAUUACCGCCCUAUUUAAAGAAAACAUGCGCCCCCUUCCCUAGUUAAGUAAAAGAAGGCGCAAUCUGGCGCUAGUAGGAAACCGUCGAGCUUUUCAUUGUUGAACAUAUUCAUCCUUUUCCUUUUUAACCUUGUGCUAUAAAUCCUAUUUAAACAACCUAAUCGGUAGUUCAAUUCAAGCUCGCAACUAAGAGCGCCCUUUUUGUUGAAAGUUCGCGAAAUUGCUAUCUUCUCUAACUAUAACCUCUCUCUCUAGAAAUGGAAGAAACCAGCCUCACAGCGCUCUCACAUGAUUAUACCGUAGAAUAUUAAAACAAAACUAUUUAACACCGAAAUUGAAUGAAUGAAGAAUGGUUUAUCUCUCGAAUCAAACUGCUAGUGUUUUAGUACCGUCAUUCAUUAUGAGAUAAUUUAGUUAACAUAUGUACGGCCAAUUUAGUGCUAGGAUUUUUUUUAUUAUUUAUUCUUCAAGUAACCAACAAAGGCGAGAUUCAUGCAGAAGCGCUAGUGCAAGAAUAAUUUGAGAUAAACUACUUAACAAUAACUAGUUAUAUCGACAAAAAAGAAGAGAACAAGGAAACCAACUCUGAAAUACAAACCAAUAAUUGAUCUA